AUGCACUUGGUAAACGCAUCCGCCGCGCUUCUCGCACUCGCCUGGAGCGCUCACGCCCAGAACAUCUUCAUCAAUCAAGUGCCCGAAUACUCUGCCUUGCCCGCCUGCGCCGAGGCUCCGCUGAGCCAGAUCAGCUCGACCCGCUUCGUCAACGCCAUUAGCACUGCCGUGGCAUCCAAGUGUCCCACCGAUCGUGCUGCCGCUCAGUCGGCGUUGGAGGUCUUUGACGAUUACUGCCACCUGACGCAGGGUAGCGCUCCUACGCGAGGUGUCAACGGUUCCAGCGCCCCAACUUCGGACGUCACCCCAGCCAAGGCGACGCCAGAGACGACAGUAGGCUUGAGUACCGACAGAACGCUCGAAAUCCUUCCGCACAAUGACGUGGACUCAGGGCUUAAUCUAUCAACAUACUACAAAAGCUUCAUACCCGCCAGCCUUACCCUCCCAACUCCUUCCUACAUCGAAACCGCCGCGGCCGCGACGAACCAGCGUAGCCUAGCUUCAUUGUCGUUCACCGUGGAAAACUGCAGCAGCCCGCUGUGCAAGGUCAUUGGCACUGGGAAACUCUGGAGGCGCUCGGGCGGGCCUUGA